CCCGAGGUCAUCACAAACAAACAAGAUGGCGGGAGUGAGAAGAAAAGACGUGGGUGAACCGUGGACCAGUCAGUCGCAGGUUGAGCGCGAGCAGUAUCAGACAAGGAGGUCCGAGGGUGGAGACCAGCUAUCCGGGUCUUUUCAGGAACCGGUUGAUACUACAUUGGGCUACAUAUGGAAGUAUUCACAGAGGCAAAGUCAGGGAUUUAACCCCGACAGAAUGAACGAAGCCGUGGAUAAGAAACGGACAGUCCGUCAAGGCCAGAGGCCAGGCAACAGGCUGCAUUUCGAUGUUCCUGACAAUGCCCCAGCUCCCCGGGAAGAAACGAGGAGUCGCACUCUGAACAAAGAGCACAUCAUCAGAAGAUCCAUGGGUCUACUGGAUCAGGCAACAGGUGCAACCGCCACCCCAGGGCCACGAAUACCACGCACACCGGGCAGUGGUCUCAAGCACAGCACAUAUACACCCAGUCGACUGCCAACCACCUCCCAGUUCGAUGUCUCGGAUUUGAUGGGCCAAACACCAAGCAGGUCUCUCUUAACUCCCGGAAGAACGUUUAACUUGUCGGCAGUCGACCAGACACGCCUGAACACGUCCCUCUUUCUGGCCACACCCAGGCAGACUGCCCCCGCAGGCCAUGACACGUCUGCCCUUCAAACGCCAGGGGGGCAGACGGAAGAUUUCACAAGCGUCAACAUCCACCUGCUGCUGGCGGAAGACCCAGGAGUAGCAGCAUCGGAGGGUCUUUUCGAGGAGUUCAUGCAGUGUUUCACUGGUCACCAGUCGCCCACUGAUGUCUUUACGUUAGUCGCGAGGUACCAGGAAGUGUGCACAGAACAAGUGAACAUGCUGAACAACCUCGUACGAAAGGCGGGCGUGUCGUCAUCUUAUGGCCUACCCAAGAAGUUUGCUCGCACUGUUGAAGUCUUGCGCCUGUUGGAGCAGGAGAAAUGUACGUGGCGUCUGAUUGGCUCAUUGUAUCAGGACCGGCAAACCGCACUGGAGGACAAUCAGGAGGAUAUGGAUGUCAAUUUAGAGACCUCAAGUCCGAGUGAGAAGGACAUCAUGGAUGCCUUCUUCAGUCGCAACGACGACGUCCGCCAGAGCCAGAUUGUCGUGGACUGGCUCGAGGAGAACUCCAAGGACGUCCUGAGAUCCAACUGCGACCGGGCCGAGUUCUACUCCAAGUCCAUCUGCUGGGAGAACACCUUACAUGAUCUUCAGCGGCAGGUCGGUUCUGGUCAGAAGCAAUCCUCGCUACCCCACCUGGACCCAGACGCGCCCGUCCGAGAGAACAAACCCUUAGCUGAUCUGGACAAGGAGGAUGAGGUUCGUCUCCUGCGGGAGGUGUUUAGCAACAUCCGGGCGGGCUUGAUGGAGGAAGCGCAACGACUGUGCAGGAAGUGCGGCCAGUCGUGGCGGGCGGCAACGCUGGAAGGCUGGAGGCUGUAUCAUGACCCCAAUAUCAAUGGAGUGCCGGCAUCAGGGGAGCUGCAGGCCAUCACGGGCAACAUGUACCGGGACAUCUGGAAGGCAGUUUGUUGGCGAAUGGCGGAAGAUGAGAGAUUCAAUGUGUAUGAGCGGGCCAUCUAUGCUGCGCUUAGCGGCAAUCUCAAAGAGCUCCUUCCAGCUUGUGACACCUGGGACGAUUGCCUCUGGGCCUACUUCAAAGUCUUGGUGGAUCGACAGGUGGAGCAGGAGAUCAGAGAGAAGCUGAACAUCCGCAGAGAGCUGGAAGCCCUGCCCGACGCUUACUAUGACAAAGAGCUAACACCUUUGAGAAUUUUUCAAGAGCUUCAGUCCCACCCAAGACAGAUUGUUGAGAUGCAAUCCAAAGAGAGACACCACAUUAUACAGAAGUACAUCAUUCUUGGAGACAUUGAUGCUCUGAUUGAAGAAAUGGGUGAUUGGAUAUCGGAUGACGUCAGUCGUCCCUCGCAUCAUCUGGUUCGGUUCAUGGCCCACGUGGUUCUCUUCAUAAGAUCCCUCGGUCUCCAGACGAAAGACGCCAUCUGCGUGGCCAUCAUUGAGGCUUAUGUCAAGGAUUUGAUUGCAGAGAAACACAGCAAGUUAGUAGCAGUGUACACCGCUCAGUUACCGUACGAUAUGCAAGUGUCUUGGUACGCAAGGUUCCUAGAAGGUAUCCAUGACAAAGAGGAGAGACAACGCUGUCUGCAGUUAGCUGAAGAGGCCGGCUUGGAUGUUGCUCAGAUCACCAAGACGGUCGUCGAGAAUAUCCGAACUAGGGAUGAGAGUGAGUUUGUCGCUCACACUCAGCCGUCCUCGUCACUUGAGGCAGCCACAUCAGCGGAAGAUCGUCGUAAGAUCGAAGCCACUGAUUGGCUGGUGUUUGAUCCAGCGCAGCGAGCUGAGGCACUCAAACAAAGCAACGCCAUCAUCAGGACAUUCCUGGCCACCAAGAAGCACGAUGCCGCUAAGGAAGUCUUCCGUAAGAUUCCGGCCGACUCCGUCGACCUGAUUUACAGGAACUGGCAAGCCCAGGCCGGACGGGAGACUCUUCCAGCUGAAGACGAUAAUGCGAUCAGGGAAUACCUCUGCAUCCAAGCUUACUUGAAUGCCCUGGAUUCGUUCAACGACUGGUUUGAGCACUUCCACAACAAGCGUCCCGCAGAACCCUUGAAACCGGACAACGCCAACUUCCACGAGAUGGUCCGCUUCGAGCACGAGCUGAGGGAGUACGAGCUUGAGCUGGAGAGAUGGCGACAGGGACUGGCGAGCCAGAGUUUGGGUGUAAAGGAACGCAUCUACAACGUGCUGCAGUUUGUUGAUGGCGGAUGGAUGAUGGACCAGAGAUUGGAUGGCGAGAUUGACGAGACGCGGCUGCAGCAGAUGAACGGCUUACGGGGGCUGUGCCUCCCCAUGCUGUGCUUCCUACUGCACACGGUGCUACACACCACAGAGCAGUACAGAGAGUGCCUAGCCCUAGCCGAUGUCAUAGCCUCUGAAGAUCAUCAGCUGUACAAGGUUUUUAGCCGACAGGAGCUGCGGCAGUUCCUCUCCAAGCAGAGCGAGUCGUCGCUGCAUCUGCUGAACCAGAACCUGGACCCGCUCGGUUACGAACUCGUGUCUUGAGGAGGCCCUUGAUGCAAGACUUGGAGAAUAUUCAAGGGUUUUUCACGGUGUCCGUUUGUUUGUCUAAUUCUUUAGCGUGUUUAAUUAAGGGAAUAAAUGUGAGCUUGGCAGGUUUUAAACACUCUGUUUAAGACUGGUUGGAGUCUGGAUGCUGAUAACUACCAGAGCCCGAGUCUGGAUGCUUUUAAUUAUCGGGCGCAGUUCAAAAUAUGACAACUUUUGAAUAUUGAAAUCAGUUCCUGAGAAUAUUCUUUUCUCACAAUAUACAGCAUUCACAGAGCAAAAAACUUCAUCAGAUUAGUUGUUUUUAAGCAACCAUCUUUAGAUUUUUAGCACUUUUGUUGCUUCAAAUGAAACAAAAGUACAGAUACUUCAUUCUACCUUUUGUAAAUUUUGUACUUCGGAAUACCAGUGCCGAGUACCAGUCCAAAGCCAUAUACAUCACAUGACAUUUUGGCUGGUGACCUGUUACUGCUAAGCCAAUAUCUUCUGUGCUUAGUAGCUCCAGCGGCGUUGGUCCCAAACGGUAUUUUCCAAAGGAACGUUUCAAGUGCCCGCUUUGUCGUUGACUUAUUGUCACCUUGUCCAAUACAAUUUGCAAAACAAACAAAGUUUGUGUAUGUAUACUUUUGUGCAUGUAUGUAUACGUUAUAUUUGCUGCCUUUGUAGGAUCAUACUUUUUGAAGGAUCGUUUCAAAGAAGUAUAUGUUUUACUUUAAACAAUUAUUAUAAACAACAUUGUGAUUUGAAAUUGUUUAGUUGACAAUACUGUUUUCAUAUUUUUUUUCGAAUUAAACAUGAUCCCUGAUAUAGCAGGAAUCCACAAAAAUAAAAUUGAUGUUAGUAUUGAGGGAUGUUGUGGACUGUGGACCUACUUAACUCGGAUAAAAAAAAUUGUUUGAAGUCAUUUUUAAUGAGACUUGAAUGUUUAAGUACCAAGGUAAUAGAGACAGGAAACGAUAUCAAACUUUGGAGCCUACAUUUAUUGAAUGACCCUACUGCAAAACAGGUCGCAUUGCAAUUAAAAUGUGGCCAGAAAUGGAAAAUAAAUUGAUUAGAACUUUCAAUCUCGGA